AUGCCGUUCGGAAAAAUCUAUACUUAUCCUGUGAGUAGCCGACGUUCUCUGCUCCGUUCUUUGUUCGUGUGAAUUUUUUUUUUUUUUUUUUGCUUGAUGCAUCCUUCUUCACUGAGUCAUUGGCUAAUUUGGGGGUAAAAAUAAAAAUGUGUAUAUAUGUCGUAGCAAAACCCUCGCACCACGGCACUAUUGGCUGUCGCUAAGGAGAAUGGACUUGAAAUCGAGAUCGUUCGCGAGGAGCCUGCUAAGGGUGUGAGUGCGGAAUACCUGAAGGUCAACCUUCUUGGAAAGGUUCCCACCUUCCAGGGCGAUGAUGGAUUCGUUCUGUCCGAGUGCAUUGCCAUCGCCGUUUACCGUGAGUGCUGCAUAUUUCCGGUGUGCUGUUUUGGGGAUGGCUUCUCCGCGUCCACUGAGGAAGGCUGGAGUUCAUUUGUCGCGUUGCCUAUGAUGCGGCGCCCUCUCUAUAGCUGUGGGCUGUGCUUACAAGUGUUGUUACAGUUGCCUCCCAGAACGAGAAGACCACUCUGCUGGGAAAAACUAAGCAAGACUAUGCGUCGAUUCUGAGAUGGAUGUCCUUUGCCAAUAGCGAGGUUUUGUCGAAUCUUGGAGGCUGGUUCCGUCCCCUGAUUGGGCGUGACCCAUACAACAAGAAGAACGUUGAUGCUGCUCAGGCUGCUACUCUCAAGGUUGUUGGUGUCCUUGAGAAGCACCUCCUCACUCGGACUUUCUUGGUUGGCGAGAGGCUUACACUUGCUGAUUUGUUUGCUACCUCAAUUAUUGCUCGUGGAUUCCAAUACGUAAGUUUGGCGCAGACCGGAUCCCAGCGGCUCAACAUCUAAUUCGGAAUCACAGGUCUUCGGCAAGGAGUUCCGUCGGGAGUAUCCCUGUAUCACCCGUUGGUACGAGCUGGUUCACAAUCAGCCUAUAUACACCGCUGUCGCUGGCAAACUGGAAUUCAUUGACGAGGCUGUCAAGUACACCCCUCCCAAGAAGGAGCCGAAGAAACAGGAACCAAAGAAAGAGGCUCCCAAGGCUGCCCCUAAGCCCAAGGUCGAAGAGGAGGAGGAGGAGGAGGAUAAGCCCGCUCCUAAGCCCAAGCACCCCUUGGAGGCUUUGGGAAGAUCUACCUUCGUUCUGGACGAUUGGAAGAGGAAGUACUCUAACUCUGAAACACCUGAGGCCCUUGCCUGGUUUUGGGAGAAUGCCAACCUGGAGGAGUACUCUCUCUGGAGGGUCAACUACAAGUACAAUCCCGAGUUGACUCAGGUCUUCAUGUCUAGCAACUUGAUCGGGUUGGUUCUGUCCCCGGAAACUUAUUUUGGCGGGAUACUAAUGGGAUGGUUUUUAGUGGCUUCUUCAACCGCCUGGAGGCUUCCCGUAAGUACAUCUUCGGAUCUGCCAGCGUGUAUGGCGUAUCCGGGGACUCCGCCAUCACCGGGUCCUUUGUUAUCCGCGGACAGGAGGCUCCCCCUGCUUUCGAUGUAGUGAGUCAUGCUAGAUUUCUAACUCGUGGGCCAGACCCCAUGCUAAUUUAUACACUAGGCACCUGACUGGGAGAGCUACGAGUAUAUUAAGCUCGACCCUAAGGACUCUGACGACAAAAAAUUUGUUGAGGACACCUGGAGCUGGGAGCGUCCUGUCACCGUAGAUGGCAAGGUUAGUAAUGUCAUUCACGUGACGCGUCUUUUUUAUAGCAAGGAUUUGAAAUAGUAAUCUGACUAACUGGUUUCGUCACGAACAGAACUUCGAUUGGGCUGAUGGCAAGGUCUUCAAGUAGGGGUCUGAGGGACCAAUGAGGUUUGGGAUUCUUUUCUGGGCGAACUAAUUAGAUAAUUAGUGUUCUGGAGCAAUUCCAUCAAAAAUGGAAUAAAUGAUCUUAAUUAUAAGGU